AUGGCACCUCUCUCAGAUGAUGAGGUGCUCGAGAGCACCGUGCAUAAUGCCAGUUUCAACGCCACCUUGGACGCUACAAACGCAUCAGACUCAUCAACUACUGAGGCCAUGGCCUCUCAUUUUUCGCCAACACCUCCAUCCAGUCCGGAAAUCCUACGUGCCCGGAUACGCAACCCGACCACAUCUGACAGCACUGAAUCCAAGGCCCCCCAAGGGCUGCUCUCACCGCCGAAGGAUAGCAGCAACCUCAGGUCCGAGAGAAAUUCAAAAGAAUCCCUGCCGAUCGUGUUUCCCGUCACUCUAGCGACCUUGCCGGAAAAGAUCAUCUUGCAUAUUGUUGAUAGUGUCUUUGAACGCUACGACACCGAUCUCCGCGCAGGAUACAACGAAGAUGAGGUAGUCUACGAGCCACACUUCGAGGUCACAGAAGUCAAAUUCCAUAGGUUCGAUGUUUGGAGAGACAUCGCUCAUCUUGCAUCGACCUGCAAAAGAUUGAACGAAAUCAUCACGCCCAUUCUCUACACAGAAGACAUCGAACAAAAUGAUUCUUCGUGCUUACUACUAUCGGCAAAGAGAAGAAAUCUUCCUGGAAUUCAACAAUCUUUGCUUUAUGGUGCCGAUGUCAAUACGGAAGACUGCACAGAGUUUCAGCUCGAGGAUGGGGACUACCACUGUGUCACUCGCGUACCAGUGCUAGUCGGCCUGACAUCCCUGCACUGGUCUGCAUAUUGCCGACACUCCGCGGCAUUGCAAUUACUUUUGGAUCAUGGCGCCGAUGUCAAUCUUGAAACCAGUAUAGCAACUUCUUGGGGCGACCGUAGAUUCGUGACUCGUCCCCUUGCAAAUUUCUUCUGGAAAUUUGACGAAGAGUCGUUUGACAUCCCGCUUGGUGCACGAUAUCUGCUCAGGAAUGAGGUUGAGGCUGGAGCAAACGCGCUUUACUUUGCUUUGAUGGAAGUAAAAGAUAGCCCAUGCUCCGACAAUCGUCACGAGUCACGCGUUGCUGCCACAAAACUUCUCAUUGAGGCCGGCGCAUCACUCAUUACACACCGCGGCACUGAUUUCCAUGCGCUACACCAGGCAUGCAGCAAUUGGGACUUGGAGACCGCUCGAAUUCUCCUGGAAAGCAAGCUGGUGAAGCACGAUGUCAGAGAUGCCCUUGGCAACACCCCGCUGCAUUACCUUGUGAUGGAAAAUCCAAGUUCCGUCGGUCACACUGACCCGGUGCCACUCAUCCAACUCCUCGAAAAGCAUGGCGCGGAUGCCAACGCGAGGAAUGCGGCUGGCUGCUCACCGCUACAAUGUAUCACAGACAAAUCAACUCUUUGCUAUGCCAACAUUGCGAUUGCACUGCUAGACAUGGGUGCGCACGUAUCACCGGACACCGUCUCGUCACUACAGCGCAUCGGAGUAGCAGUAGGUGGGGAGGCCAAGCUGAAGCUCGAGGCGGCCGUUGCCGCUGCGAACAGAAAAGCUUGCGGUAUAGAUGAACCGUCGGACAUACUGCUGCCAGAGGAAAGACGAGAGAACGAGAGGCUUGCGGUCCAUGCAUGGAUGUACAAACGAUGGGUACUCCGACGCGACGGCGGUAAUGAUAUUGAGGAGAUGUUUGUGGGAGAGGGCACGAAAAAUCGGACACUCAAUGAGUGGAAUGCCUUUUGGCGAUCAACAGUAGCCUAG